AUGGCCCAGGUGAGUGUGUUCCAAAAGCCAAGGGGGCAGCACAUUCUACAGUUUUCUACCUUGAGAUGCAUCAAGAUGCGCAUUUCGCCGCGAUGGUAUGCGGUUCCUGUGAACUUGGUGUUGCUCAUCAUUUUGCUAUAUUUGCUGGCUUUUUCACUCAAGCAAGCACGGGUUGUCCCUGAUAUCAACGAAGGUGCCUUCGUUGCAGCUGCGAUAAGGUAUGCCUUUCUGAUUGCUUUGCCAUUCCUGCUAUUCUCAGCUGUGUUCUCGAUAAGAACUGUUCAGCGCUUGCCGGGUGAUGAGGCUGCAAGGCUGAUUUUUCGGUAUUGGAAAGAUGCUCUCCCGCAGUCCAAGGACUUGCCAGAGAAGUUUCGAGGUGUCUUUUGGAUGAGCACUGAUCCCUCACCUGAACUGUGCACCAACUUUGAAGCUGCGUCCUUCGAUGCUGCUUCACGGACUAUGAAGCUUUUCCCGGGGGCACCAUAUACCUGGGUGUGGUGCGAUAGCUACAUGGGGUGGGCAUUCUACUUGUUCUUCACCUUCAUCAAUCCCAUUUAUACGUUGCAAGUGCGCUGGGAUGAGGCAUACCGCAAAGCAUACCUGCCCAGCAUUUUGUUUGGAUGUUUCAACGUCGAUUGGAUGACCUGCUCCGCUAUGUACAUAGAACAGCUGGAUGAUGAAGGAAACGAGUGGGCAAGGACAAGCUAUGUCUUUGGACAAACAUUCAAGCACGGCUCCUACACGUUGAAGAAGGUGAUUGACAAAGACGGCGGUGAGCUGCCUGCCUUCGAUGACAUGGUUCUGUCUCUCAAGGAAAAGAGGGAAGUCCAAGGCUACAUCAAACCGUGGGGUCAAUUGGUGCGCGGCAACGUGUUUCACUCCUGA